AUGCACCAUAGUACCGGAAACACGCUGCCGUUGGUUGCGAUGCCUUGGGGUUUCAAUCACUGGGCACCCCAAACCGCAGAUCCUGCAGCACGCAAGACGAGCUGGUGGUUCGACGCCAAUGCGGACACUUUCUACGGUCUACGAUGCACCCACCAGCCUUCGCCCUGGAUGGGCGACUACGGGUGGUUCCUUCUCGUCCUUCACACGGGCUAUGCGGGGAACUCCAAGAUGGGGUUCACGUCCUAUCACGCUGAAGGAGCCCUCAGGCCGCACCUGAUCGACCUGACUCUGGGGCCCUUUGGGCACAGGCUGCAGCUGACACCCACGAACCACGGAGGCUUGCUGCGAGUAACUUUCCCAGAGUCUGCGCUGCCGCAGCAUAGAAGGCUUUGUGUGAUGGUGCCAAAAGGGGACCUGAAGGACAAGGAUGAAAAGCGCAGCACCGCGAAGCAAAUUCCCUCGGGCUCGUGCCUCGAAAGCGGUGGCGGUAUCAAUGUCGAGUCCCGACGCUUUGCCGAUGGGACACCGGACAGCUUCGCCUUCUUCGGGCGGUUGGAGUCCCCAGGCCUCCGAGUAGAAACGGCUCCCAUCGCCGAUUGCUUCGAGAAGGACCAGCAGUGGGAUCCCUUGAACAUGCCAGGCCAAGAGCGAUCUGCGCUGGACUCCGCGUCGCAAUGCCAGAUGCGCUGUAAAAGCACCGCGAGUUGUGCGCAUUUCACCUUCUAUGAUGAUGGCGGCUGCCAUCUGCAGGAUGCCAGGGCCAAGAAGAAGCGCCAAGGUGGCGUCCAGAGUGGACCGCCCAAGUGUGCUGAGUCGACUCAGCGCGAGUGUUGCUUCAUCAGCCAGACCCAGCAGGUGGUGGAGGUGAAGAUCGGAACCAGCUUCAUAUCGGCGGCCCAAGCGCUGCGGGCGCUGGAUGCCGAGGUCAGUGGCCGUUCCUUCGACUUUCUUGCGGCGGGCGCUCGCGGCAUCUGGCGAGCCGAGCUACGAAAGGUUGAGGCCAAGGAAGUCUCAAAGUAUACCUCAGAGAGAGAAGGAGAGAGAGAGAGAGAUAGCUGGCACUAG